AUGAAGCUUUCGGCGGCAUUAUCUCUGAGAAGAAUUAUUAAUAGUUCCUAUCACCCAUUUCACGUUAUCCCCAAAGCUGAUCGAUGGCUAUCCAGAGAGAGACUCAACAGAUUCACAGCCUGGCAAUAUGCUUCUGAAAGAACCACUGUUAAAGGAGCAUAUAGAAAACAAGAUAAAAUAUUCAACUAUUUGGAAAUGCAAAGGCACGACGAGCCCCGAUUAGAGAAAUUCUAUGCUCAAGAAAGGGUUGAAGCUGCAUUGCAAGAGCACCAUUUCGAGUACAAGCAUUUUAGGAAUUUACUAGAGAAAGCUCACAUACUUCUCGAUAAUGUUGUUUUGUCUCAUCUUGCUAUUUACGAGCCUAGGACAUUUCAUAGCUUGGUAGCUCUGACAAAAGAAAUGGCAGAACGUGAAGGUCGAAGAGUCAUUCCGGAUGACAAUGAAUUCAAAUAUAAGGUACAGCUUGAAGAUUCCCUCUUCGGUGAGCCAUAUCCGAAAGCUAUUCAAUAUCCCAAAGGAGCAUCUGAAAAUCAUACUAAUAAGCCCAGGAAAUUGAAACCAGAAGAAUACUGA